AGGUCUAGCAAAAAAGAGGGCAUUGCUGCGGUCGUUAGUGUGAAAAACCUAUAUGUAAUCCAGCCCAACUCAAUCAAUAUCCAUAUCAAAGGAACACCUCUAUCUGGCCAGAUAACACAGUCCUUUGCCAAGCAGCCCUGUCAGUGCGCUUUUAGUUUGAUUAGUAGAGGCUGAUUUAGGGCUAGACAGGAAAUGAGAAGCACAAACCCACAGCAAUCCUUGCUUAGUCUGCCUUAGUGCACGGCGUUGGUCACUUGAAUGAAGUUGUAACUGGAACGGGUAAAGAACGGAAAUAAUCAUAAUAAAAAAGGUACCGAACCGCGACAUAAAAUCACGUCUAAAAAAAUAAAUAAAUAAAAACAAACAUUCUGCUUUAUCACUUUUGCCUGCUGGAUUUGCGACCACAUUGCGUGUUACUAGAUUAGAUCACAGCAGGAAGGGAGAAAGGAUCCCCUCCCUAGCGAAUCCCAAGGAUUUCUGACAAUGGAGCAGGUCUCAGAUGAAGAGGUUGACCAUGCAGCAGAGGAGGACAGCGACAAAGAGGACCAGGACCUUGAUAAGAUGUUUGGAGCCUGGCUGGGGGAGCUUGACAAGCUGACACAGAGUCUGGAUGAUGGGAAGCCAGAUCAGCUGAGGAAAUCGCCACUCCGUCAAGAGACCAACCUAGCCAACUUCUCCUAUCGCUUCUCCAUGUAUAACUUGAAUGAGGCUCUGAAUCAAGGGGAUGCCGUUGAUCUGGAUGCUCUUAUGGCUGACCUCUGCUCUAUUGAGCAGGAACUGAGCACCAUCGGGUCCAAGCCAAGCGCACCCAAGCACGCCCAGGCAACAGAACAGAAAGUCAGGCAGAAACCGCCAGCGGGGCGCUCCGGUGCCAAACACAGCAGCAGUGCUCGGGCCUCCCCUUCCUCCACGGUGCGGGGCCACAAGCCCAUGCACUCCAACUACUCCCUGGACGACAUCACGGCGCAGCUGGAGCAGGCGUCCCUGAGCAUGGACGAGGCGGCGCGGCAGAGCGGGCCGUCGCUGCCCCCUCCCACCAUCCAGCACCGCAGGACGGGCUCGGCAGGCACCGUGAGCGACGCUGACGUGCGCUCCAUCAGCAACUCCUCGCGCUCCAGCUUCAACUCUGCCGCCUCCAGCAUGGAUUCCUUGGACAUCGACAAGUUGCUCCCGCCUCAGGAACUUGACAUCCUGCAGCAGGCCAAGCCCUCCACAGAGCAUGCUCCACUGCGGCGGCCCAGUAAGCAGACAAAGCAUCACCUCGACUUCACAGAAGAGGAAGUGGAAGUCGACCUGAGCACUCACUCCUAUCUGGACAGGGAAACCUCCCAGAUUCUGAAAAACAUUGCAGGGAAGCCUUCUCAUUUGCUGACCAAGGAGGAGCAGGCUGCCAAGCUGAAAGCAGAGAAGAUCAGAGUAGCUCUGGAGAAGAUCAAGGAAGCACAAGUAAAAAAGCUGGUGAUCCGAGUGCACAUGUCUGAUGACAGCUCCAAAACCAUGAUGGUGGACGAGAGACAGACAGUCAGGCAGGUCCUGGACAGCCUCUUGGAUAAGUCCCACUGUGGAUACAGUCCUGACUGGUCACUGGUAGAGACCAUUUCUGAACUGCAAAUGGAGAGGAUCUUUGAAGAUCAUGAGAACCUGGUGGAGAAUCUGGUAAACUGGACGAGAGACAGCCAGAACAAACUCAUGUUCAUCGAACGCAUUGAGAAAUACGCCUUGUUCAAGAACCCACAGAACUACUUGCUGGGGAAGAAGGAAACAUCUGAGAUGGCAGACAGAAAGAAGGAAGCCCUGCUGGAGGAGUGUUUCUGUGGAAGCUCAGUUACAGUCCCAGAGAUCGAGGGAGUCUUGUGGCUUAAGGACGAUGGGAAAAAGUCCUGGAAGAAACGCUACUUCCUGCUUCGAGCCUCUGGAAUCUAUUAUGUCCCCAAGGGCAAAGCGAAGGUCUCGCGGGACCUGGUAUGUUUUCUUCAGCUGGACCAUGUUAAUAUUUACUAUGGACAGGACUACCGCAACAAGUAUAAAGCGCCAAGUGACUACUGCUUAGCUCUGAAGCACCCCCAGAUUCAGAAGAAGUCUCAGUACAUAAAAUACCUCUGCUGCGAUGAUGUCAGAACCCUCCACCAAUGGGUGAAUGGGAUUCGUAUUGCCAAGUAUGGAAAGCAGCUCUAUGUGAACUACCAGGAGGCAAUGAAAAGGACUGAGGCAGCAUACGAUUGGUCAUCCUUGUCCAGCUCGAGUAUUACAGGAUCCAGUUCUUCCAGCUUACCAGAGUCUCACUCAAACCACUCUGACAGCGGUGUGUCCGAUAGCCCGUCUUCAGGACAUGUGCGCUCCCAGAGCAUCGUCAGCUCCAUCUUCUCCGAGGCCUGGAAGCGGGGAACACAGAUGGAGGAGACUAGCAAGACCAGGUUGGAGUCUGUCAGUAGACCCUACCCCCUUCAGCUGCCUCAGCCUCCCCCCCAGACCAGGUUAAGCAUUUCCCAUGUUUCUCCCCAGCCAUCCCCUCCCCCACCACCACCACCCCCCCCUCCACCUCUCCCUCCACCCAACCCGCCCCAGCAGGCAGCCCCCACCAUGUUCGCAAAGUACAGCACCAUCACCCGACUGCAGAACGCCGCGCAAGGAGGCAAUCAGUUCAAACCUCCCUUCUUGGGCCAGCAGGCCCCAAUGGCCCCUGCCUCACAAUCUGUGAAUACCCAGAUAACCAUCCCAGCUGGAGCUAAUGUACCCCCUCCCCCUCCACCCCCACCUCCUCCACCCCCUCCAGUCCCUGGUUCAGCCAUGGCGGUGCUAAAACCAGGGCCGCUGAGCCAGGCUGUGCCACUGUUCAUGCCGGCACCUCCGCCCCACCCACAGAAAUUCCAGACCCAUCUACAGAAUAAUGGUAUUCAGCACGUCCCACAGGCCCCGCCACCGCCUCCUCAGCCAAAGUUCCAGUCGCUUAGCAACAGCGGGAUUCAGUCACUUAGCAACAGCGGGUUCCAGGCAGCACUGGCUCAGAAAUUUUCAGGCCUUCCCCAGAAUAAUGUGGACCACGUGGCCCAGGUAGAACCUCCCCCUCCACCACCACUUCCCGCUCCGGCCCCAGCACCAGCUUCACAGGCUCCUGCCAAACCCUUUGGAGGAUUCCCACCGGUAACUGCGCCCAAACCCCCUGGGCCAGGUGCUGUGCCAAUGCCUGUAUCUCCAGUGGCAGUGGUGCCCCCUCCCCCUCCCCCUCCCCCUCCCCCUCCUCCACCUGCACCAGCCCAGCCACCUCCUCCACCAAUGAAGAAGCAGAAGAGCUUCUCAGCUGGCCACUCCUCUCUUACACCUGCCCAAAACCAGCCCCCGCCCACCCUCCCCAAGCAGCACAGCUUCUCUUACAAAGCCCCUCCAAUGUCUGCACCUAUUUCCCCAACCCCAACCCCAACCCCAACCCCAUCCCUAGUCAAGCAAAUGGCCAACCAGUUCCCUGCACCCCCACCUCCUGCUCCUGCACAGCCAGAGCCCAAAGCAUUGCCCCCUCAGUCACCACCUGCUGUCAAAGCCAAACCCAAAUGGCAGCCUGGGGGCCAGCCCCAGUCCCCUGAAUUCCCACCCCCACCACCAGAGAGCAGCCUGGCAUUCCCUCCCCCUCCCCCUCCCCCUCCCACACCUGCAGCUCCCCCCGCCCCGCCAGCGAAGAGUGGCUCUCCAGUAAAGAAGGCCUCUAAGACAUCCAGCCCUGGUGGGAAGAGGCCGCCUCCAACACCCCAGCGGAACUCCAGCAUAAAAUCCACGAGUUCAGCUGAGUACCAUGAGUCGAAGAAAGUGGAAAGCCUAAAGAACAAAUUCGGACAGGCUGCGGAAUCGUCAUCCCCAUCCUCUUCGGGAUCACCUUCUAAAGACUCUACUGGACCCCCAGCCCCUCCAAAGCCAGGGAAGCUGAAUCUAUCCAACCUGCCCAUGGUCUUCCCACAGGGCAACGGCGGGACCAGGGAGCCCACGUCCGACUUUCCCUCUCCUCCUUCAGACUGUGACUUCCCCCCACCCCCACCGGAGUACGAGCUGCUCCUCCCUCCCCCGGCUGAGCCCCCUGGUGCACCCAAAGUGGCUGUUGUCAACCCUCAGCCCCAGGCCUGGAACAAAUCCUCCCUGAAGAAGACGCCCCCACCGACGCUGCCCCGGCGUAACGACGGCACCCGCCUGUCGCUAGGAGAAGGCCCUGAGCCGCCCACAACACCUCCACCGCAUCAGCAGCAGCAGGAGGCCCCACAGCCUCCUACCUCACCCAAGGGAAACUUGUCCGUGCAGCCCAAUUUCCUGGCGGACCUGAACAGGACUCUGCAAAGGAAGUCCAUCACCAGGCACAGUUCCCUCUCCUCGGCGCGGAUGUCCAAAUUAGAGCCGACAACCACCAUGGACGAUAUGGCCCUCCCGCCACCCCCUCCUGAGCUUCUACUUGACCAACAGAAGCAGGGCUCCUACACGUCCGGCAACAUCUCAGGCUAUGCAACAUUGCGGCGUGGGCCUCCUCCGGCCCCACCAAAACGGGACCAAAGCACCAAACUCACUGGAGAGUGGUAGUGGCAAAACCAACAGACUGAACUGAUAAAAAGAGUACUAAUCAUUUAGACCAGGAUACCCUGUUAUAUCCUUAUAUUUCAAGACAGACCAAACCACCUUUAUGGCUUUUCAAUGACGUCUUUUAGCGACUUGUUCCAUAGGCAAUUCUAUAACAUAACAUGACAAUGAGAAUGACUUUUGUUGCAAUAUAUUGGUACUGCAUGGAACUCACCAUAAAUGAACAUGUUUAAACACAUGACCAUGUUUUUGGGAGGGGGUGGUGGUAUAAGAGGAGGGGGAGAGGAUGGAAUAUAGUUAUAGUUUUUAUUUAAUAUUAGAUUCUAAAGACAUUUUAAGGUUUAACAUAACGAUAAAAUGUUGCUACCCUUAUUAACCACAAAACAGAUCUAGUAAGUGAACUUUGUUAAGAUGUUCAUUUAUUUAAUUGGAGAGCAUUCUGAAUUCAAGUGUAUUUUUCUGUUCCUCUGCUUACUGUACAUAAUGAAAAUGGUAUGCUUGCUUUAAAAAGGUUGAAAUCUG